AUGGAUUUCUUCCCUCCAUUCCUGAAAACCAUAACCAUAGCUACCGUCCUUGUUCUUCUUGUUCUUUCUUACCCUCUCUUCUUCAGGAGACCCAAAUCAAGAACAGGCAAACAACUUCCAGAAGCAGGGAGAUCAUGGCCUGUUAUAGGCCACCUGUUGUCCUUGGCAGGAACUCAGCUUCCCCACCUGAAAUUCGCAGAGCUGGCUGCUAAAUACGGCCCGAUUUUCAUCGUCAGGAUCGGUUUGUACCCAACCCUGGUCGUCACCACUUCAGAGCUGGCUAAAGAACUCUACACCACCCACGAUGCAUCCAUAUCGUCGCGCCCGGAUCUCACUGCUUCCAGGAUUCUGAGCAACAACAGGGCCGACUUUGCAUUCACUCCGUACGGUGAUUAUUGGCGCCAGAUGAGGAAGAUUACAGCCCUGGAGCUGCUCUCCAGCCGCAGGCUGGAGCUGCUGAAACACGUCAGGAUUUCAGAAGUGGAAGGGACCAUCAGGAGUCUCCACAAACUGUGGGAGAAGAACGACAAGGAUAGAGUCUGUGUUCAGAUGAAUAAGUGGUUUGGGGACAUGAAUUUGAAUGUUAUACUCGGGAUGGUGGCAGGGAAGAGAGCUGCAGAGGCAGACGACGGGAGAGAGGCAGAGAGAUGCAGGGGAUUGAUGAGAAAGUUCUUUCACUAUGCAGGGCAGCUUGUUGUGAGAGACAUGUUUCCAUUCCUAGGGUUUCUGGAUAUAGGAGGACAUGAGAAGACCAUGAGAAGAGUGAAUGGAGAUUUGAACAAACUUGCGGAAGAAUGGAUUGAGGAGCAUCGAAGCAAGAGAACGACUUCCUGUGAUGAUGAUGAUGAACAAGAAGAAGACUUCAUAGAUGUUUUGCUCCGUGUCCUGAAAGAUGCAGACCUUGCUGGAUAUGAUCUAGAUACAGUUUGCAAAUCCACAAUCAUGACACUGAUUGUUGGAGGAACUGAUACAACAACCGUGACUCUAAUCUGGGCUCUUUCCCUGCUUCUGAACCAUCCAAGUUCCUUAAAAGAGGUGGUAGAUGAGCUCGACGUGAUUGUUGGUAAGGAAAGAGUGGUGGAUGAAUCAGAAAUUUGCAAGCUUCCUUAUUUCCAAGCCAUGAUGAAGGAGGUAAUGAGGUUGUAUCCAGCAGCUCCAUCUGGAGGUCCACGAGAAUUCUCAAAGGAUUGCAUUGUCGCCGGGUACCAUGUUCCAGCUGGGACUCGGCUAUUGGUGAAUGUUCACAAUGUACAAAGGGAUCCAAGGGUUUGGCCAGAGCCAAUGGAGUUCAAGCCAGAGAGGUUCCUCGCGGCACGGUACGAGGACGUCGAUGUGAAAGGGCAACACUUUGAGCUCAUCCCAUUUGGUGCUGGAAGAAGGUCGUGCCCUGGAAUAAACUUCGGCAUUCAAAUGACUCAACUGGCUCUGGCGAGAUUCCUGCAAGCGUUUGAUAUCUACAAACCGUCAGAUGCACCGGUCGAUAUGACUGGUGCACCUGGACUGACUGUCAGCAAAGCCAUCCCACUCGAAGUCUUGGUCCGGCCCCGCUUGUCUGUAUAUCUCUACGAACAAACGAAAAAUGCUUGA